GCCGAUAGUGGUCGAGUCUCCCAGGACUGCGCGGCGCGCUCUCAGAAGGAUGCGCCUGCGCAUUGUGCUGGUCUCCAUGGCAGGGCCUCGGAGCCAAGACGAGAAGAAAUGCUGCUGUGAAGACACAAUUAUGGCUCUCACACAAAUGAAGCCACAACUGUCAUAAUUUAGUGCCCCUCAAAGGAAGCACUUGAGUGGACAAGAGAGGGCAUUUCUGGGACUAGUAAAAUGUUUGAGGCCUGAGUUUAUACUUGAGCUACUUCCUGAAGCUAUUAACUAAUAGAAGAAAAUGGAAUUGAAUAUACCAGCAUGGAACAAUCUAACGAUUCCCUAAGAGUCAACCAUAAUGAUUCUGAAGAAUCAAAAACAGAUUCUCAAGUAUAUGAGCAUCUAACCUGCAUGGACUCCAGGGAUCCUUCCUUUGGACAGAAUGGUUCUCCUAGAGUUUUACCCAUCGCCUCUCAUGAAGCAGAUAAUUCACUCACAUCACAGAAUAUACCAGGGCAGACACAGACUCUUUCUGCAGAACAAUUCCAUCUAGUGGACCAAAAUAAGCAACCUAUUCAAUAUGAACUCCAGUCAUUGGGGGAUUCUAAUGCACAAAUGAUGAUUGUUGCCAACCCCUCAGAAAAUGGACAGGUGCUGCGUGUAAUUCCAUCUACACAGACAGGAAUGGCACAAGUGAUUGUACCUCAGGGGCAGCUUGUGGAUGUGAAUAGUCCUCAGGAUGUCUCUGAAGAGAAGUCCAAUGAUAGAAAUUUACCAACUGUAAGAGUGGAUGUUCUAGCAGAUCAUACCAGUAGUUACACUCUUCAUCCACAAGCAUCUGUCACAUUGCCCAAAAAGACAGUGGCCAGAAUGCUUGAAGAACCCUUUCUGGCUCCUCUCCAGCCACUUUCUUCUAACACACCUAUGUGGGCCUGCCGUCUUAGGAGCUGUGAGAAAAUUGGAGAUUCAUACCGUGGCUACUGUGUAAGUGAGACCGAAUUAGAAAGUGUUCUAACAUUUCAUAAGCAGCAAACACAGAGUGUUUGGGGGACCCGCCAAUCUCCAAGUCCAGCCAAGCCAGCUACACGCUUGAUGUGGAAAUCUCAGUAUGUCCCAUAUGAUGGAAUCCCAUUUGUUAAUGCAGGGAGUAGAGCCGUGGUAAUGGAGUGCCAGUAUGGGCCAAGGAGAAAAGGUUUCCAGUUAAAAAAAAUCAGUGAGCAGGAGAGCAGGUCUUGUCAGCUCUACAAAGCCACUUGUCCAGCCCGGAUUUACAUUAAAAAGGUACAGAAGUUUCCUGAAUAUAGAGUUCCUACAGACCCCAAAAUUGAUAGGAAAAUAAUCCGAAUGGAGCAGGAAAAAGCCUUUAACAUGUUAAAGAAGAACUUGGUAGAUGCUGGCGGUGUUCUUAGGUGGUAUGUACAGUUACCUACAAAGCAAGCCCAUCAGUACCAUGAAUUAGAGACUUCCUGCCUCCCUUUGCCACCUUCCCCUUUUCCUGUGUCUUCUCUUGAAGAAGAGGAAACUGCAAUUAGGGAUGAGAACUGUGCAUUACCCUCACGUCUACAUCCCCAAGUAGCACACAAGAUUCAAGAAUUAGUGUCACAGGGAAUAGAACAAGUAUAUACAGUAAGGAAACAGCUAAGAAAAUUUGUAGAAAGAGAACUAUUUAAACCUGAUGAAGUACCUGAGAGACAUAAUUUAUCCUUUUUUCCAACUGUAAAUGAUAUUAAAAAUCACAUCCAUGAGGUACAGAAAUCCUUGAGAAAUGGAGAUAAUGUGUAUAACUCAGAGAUUAUUCCAGCAACGCUUCAGUGGACUGCAGAUAAUGGGCAUAUUCUCAGAGAGACUGUGACAGUUACAUUUGCAGAAGGAAAUUCACCGGGGGAAUCAAUUAACACCAAAGUGGAAACAAAUCAGACAAGGCGUUCUUUGUCUCCAGAGCCGGCCCACUUGCUUUCUUCACUUUCCUCAUUUCAACCAAAAAUAUUUACACAAUUACAGGGUUUGCAGUUGCAACCAAGAUUCACUUCUCCUGAUGGACCAUCGGCUGUGAUAUCAGUAAAUAACCACCCUUCCUCCAGUCCUUCAAGACUUCUGGAUUCAUUAGAAAGUACUGUACUGAAUAAUAAUUCUCUGCUGCUUGGUCAAAGUCAUAGUCUUCAAACAGAUACAUGCCUAACCCCAAACAGUAGCAUUAUUGCUUCUACCAUGACUAGCCUUCCAGGACCAGAUCAAAAUCUGGCUGCAAUGGACCAGCUGGUGGAAGUUGGAGAUGUUGAGGAUGCAGAGAAUAUGGAAGGAGGUGUUCACCGGAUUCUGCUGGGAAAUGGGCAGACCAUCCCAAUACAGAUUAUAGAUAGCCACCCAGCUCUUAGUAGAAACUGGAACUAUCAAUAUUUUCAUGUAAGUAUUUCAAUGAGUAGCUCUUUAAAAAUAGUUUCUAAAUUUUUAAAAAUUCAUGUGUCCUCUAAAUGCAUGUUCAGUCACAAUAUAUCAGUAUUGUAUUUUAAAGGUGCUUAGCAUCGCUUUUUUAAAAGUAUGUUUACGUAUUUUAAAUAUUCAGUUAUUUUUUAAAAGCACAGGGUAUUAAAUACAAGUGCAUAAAACUUUCAGUAUCUAUAUUUCGCAUUCUCCUAACAGCUCUACAGCAAACUUUGACAUCUGCUCUUUUGUAUGAUGUAUUGCAAGGUGUAAUAUAUGUAGUAGUGAGUUGGACAUUCGAAAUAAAGUUAGAAAUUCAUAAUUACAGCUGAGCUUUUUUCAUCAUUGUAGUUUCCAUGUUCCAAAGCCUCCCAGUGAACUUUAUAUAUACUACAGUGAGUUAUAGAUAAACACUGCCAUGGUGGGCUUUUUCCUUCAAUAUUAAUUUCUCCAUAAGCAGUUAACAUGCUUAAAAGAAAAAGCUUUUAUACUAAGUACCUUGUCUUAUCCAAGGUAAAUGUUUUUUAAAAGUCGCAAAAACGAUAGAAAAUAGAUUUUGGAAGCUGGUCCUGCAUUGCAGUUUUUGAUUUUGAGGCCCACCAGCUUGUGUUUCAUUUUUAUAUCCUGUCAAAAUACAGACUUAAUCAUGUGAGUAUGUGAAAGAUGUCAUUUAAUUUGUACCAGAUUUUUUAAAAAGUUUUAAAAUGUGUGUGUAUAUACAUAUAUAUAUAUAUUGUAACUUAAUGUAUAGUGUCCUUGUUAUAAUGUCAUUUUUUUCAUUAAAAAUCCUGUGUUAUUUUUUUCUUAAACUUGUUGGUAGUUUUCUUUUUAUACUUUUUCUGGGGAUAGUGGUAGUUUUGUUCCUCUUAAAGAUGUUAAAUAAACACUUUAAUUACCUGCGAACUUUGGCUAGAAAUUUAUGGUCAAUUUGGAACUUGAAAGUUUUCCAGCAUAACUACCAGUAACUCAUGUUAUCAUUCCAUUUAGGAACAUAUAUGCAUUUAGUACUCUCAGCUCAGCCAACCAUCAACGUUUUAAUAUAAUGCAUGUAAUAAGGUAUUAGUAAUUCUUUUACUCACAUCUUGGCAUUGUGAUAUCUUUAAGUACAGCUUUAUAUUUCUUGGUUAAAAAGGAGGGAUCAUCAGUGUUUUCCAUUCUGGCUUUUCUCUUCCUAUUCCUUUUCUUUUCUUUUCUUUCUUUCUUUCUUUCUUUCUUUUUUUUUUUUUUUUUUUUCCGCUUUAUUCCACCUGCCUCUUUGUAGUACUAUAGAAAAUCUUACUGUCUCCAGAAGGGGUACUGUAUUAACUAUUCCCUAUGAGCUGAUUUAGCUUCAGACAUCUUAAAUGGUGAAUUGCUUUGGUAUCUAAAUGUCUGUUAUUCUACUUAAUUAACUUAGUUGUAAUGGCAAAGCCUUUGUGUGCUUUGCCAUAUACACAUUAACUAUGAAAACUAUUGUUAAAUAAUGCAAAUAUUUGUUGCUGACUGAAGUCUUAAAACUUUAGGAAUAAAAUCAGAAUCUUAAAAAAACUCACUAGGGGAUUCUAAAUUUGAUUCAUAAGAAAAAUAAAUAAGUUGUAUGGUUAAUAUUGAAAACCUCUGAAAAUGUAAUAUGGGUAUAAUUGCGCAGAGGAAAUGUUCAGGGGUAAAACUUGAAAUCAAUAAAUAAGUUUGAGAAUUCUAAUGUACAGCAUAGUAAUUAUAAUCAAUAAUACCUCAUAAUAUUCAAAGUUGCUCAGAGACUACAUCUAAAAGGAAAGAAUAGGGGGUAAUAAAAGGGAACAAAUAAUUGUGUGACAUGAUAGUGAUUUUUAGCUAACUCUAUGAUGGUAAUAUAUUGCAAAAUAUAAAUUACCAAAUCAACAUAUUGUAUACCUUAAACUUAAUAUGUUAAUCAUAUCUCAAUUAGGAAAAAAAAAAGAAUUCUGAAACCAGAGGACAGAGUAGGAGUCCGAUAUUAGAGUUUUUAAAAAUAUUUUUAUUGAAGUAUAAUC